CACGGAAUAGCGAAGGCGCUGUGCACAUGGGGUGCAUUAGUAGACAUUUCUUAAACCUUCAGCGCGGUGCGAUCAUAGUGAAUUUUUGAGGUGACAACAUUAAGAUAAGCAUGGGCAAGAAGAAGGCAGGCGGGGGAGCCGGACUGGGCAGAGCUCUGAUAAAGGAGAGACUCCAGGCAGGCCGAGGAAACAAGAGAGGCGACUCUUGGAUCCACACCAGUGAGCUGAACGAUGGCUACGACUGGGGCCGGCUGAACUUGCAGUCAGUGACAGAGCAGAGUUCAAUGGAUGACUUUCUUGCCACAGCUGAAUUGGCAGGAACAGAGUUUGUUGCUGAGAAACUCAAUAUAAGGUUUGUGCCAGCUGAAGCCAGGGCUGGUUUAUUAACAGCUGAGGAGAAAACCAGGCUGAGAAAGCUGCAUGAAGAAAACAGGCAUUUCCUCAGAAUCCCUCGACGUCCCCACUGGGAUCAAAGUACCAGCCCAGAUGAACUUCAGCAAGCAGAGAAAGACAGCUUCUUGGAGUGGAGACGAGGGCUUGCACAGCUAGAAGAGGAGCAGAAGUUAAUUCUAACCCCGUUUGAGAGGAACCUGGAGUUCUGGAGACAACUAUGGAGAGUCAUCGAGAGGAGUGAUGUUGUCGUUCAGAUUGUUGAUGCCAGAAAUCCACUGUUGUUCCGAUGUCCUGACCUGGAGUUGUAUGUAAAGGAAGUAUCAGAGCAUAAAGUGAACAUGCUUUUAGUAAAUAAAGCAGACCUGUUGACCAGGGAGCAGAGGCGAGUCUGGGCCAGACACUUUGAGAAAGAGGGGCUGAGAGCGGUUUUCUGGUCUGCAUUGGCUGAGGGGAAUAGACUGGAUGCAGAAGAAAAGGGCAUGGAGGUGGAGGAUGCUGAAUGUGAAGAGAGUGAUCCAGAAAAAGAGGAAGAACAGCCAGACAAUGAAGAUCUCAUGACAGAAAAGAGAGCAGAAGGAGAGGUUGAAUUAAAGACAAAGGAGGAUGAGGACAGUGAUACAGAGGAAGAGCAGCAGGAAAGGAUAACUGUAGAGGAGGAGGAAUGGCACACCUGCUCAGAAGGUGAAGAAGAAGAAGGGGCUUCUGGUUCAUCUUUGGAAUCAUCUUUCCGUAACUCGAGCCGUCUGCUGCAUAAGGACGACCUACUUGAUAUGUUUAAGGCGGUUCAUAACGGGCCCAGGUGUAAAGAAGGACAACUGACAGUGGGACUGGUUGGCUAUCCUAAUGUGGGAAAAAGUUCCAGCAUCAACACUAUUUUAAGAAAUAAGAAGGUGUCUGUUUCAGCCACUCCUGGACACACAAAGCACUUUCAGACUCUGUAUGUGGAACCAGGCCUGUGUCUGUGUGACUGCCCAGGUCUGGUCAUGCCCUCCUUUGUUUCAACCAAAGCUGAGAUGAUCUGCUCAGGGAUCUUGCCCAUCGAUCAGAUGAGAGAUCACGUACCUGCAAUCUCCCUUAUUUGUCAGUCGAUCCCCCGGCAUGUGUUAGAAGGCACAUACGGCAUCAACAUCAUCCGACCACGUGAGGAUGAAGACCCUGACAGACACCCCACCUCUGAGGAGCUGCUGAUGGCUUAUGGAUACAUGAGGGGUUUUAUGACGUCACAUGGCCAGCCUGAUCAGUCCAGAUCAGCCCGGUACAUCCUAAAGGAUUAUGUCAGCGGAAAGCUUCUGUACUGCUAUCCUCCUCCACAUAUAAGUUCUGAAGACUUCCAGCCACAACACAAGAAGUUCCUGAGCAGAGACUCAGACAACUGUGACCUCUCAGCAACAACAAACAAACAGGGCAUCAAAAGAAUCGAAAAUGUGGUCGACAAGAACUUCUUCCAUCAGGAGAAUGUGCGGGCACUUUCUAAAGGGGUCCAGUCUGUCAUGGGCUACAAACCAGGCAGUGGACCUGUUGGUACGGGAAAAGCUGGUUCGGAGAUGGCGGCAGGAAAACCCUGGAAAAAGCAUGGCAACAGAAACAAGAAAGAGAAAGUACGCCGUCUUAACAAGCACUUGGAUGCAUGACAGCACUCUGUUAAUGAAGGACUCUAAAUUAAAGAUCAUUUUAACAGGAAUAAAAAACAUGUAAAAAAAAAAAAAUCCCCAUGUGAUUCCAAAGGAAUUAUUAGUGAGCAGUAUCUGUAUCAUGAGUCAAUGGUCUAGCAUCUGUUUAAGAAAUGAGUAGUGAAGUCUAUCAUACUGCCCCUGAUAUGACAUCAAUUUGGUGAAUUACAUUCCAUCAGCUGGAUCAUCUGUUGUACACCUGAUUGCACCACAGUGAUCAGAACUGGACUCAACAUCCAGAGGGUGGGAACACUGUCAAAUAUUAAUUUAAAGGGACAUUUUCAAUUUGUAUUUUAAAGCUUAGAAAAGACUUGAGUAAUCUGAUAUUUUUCUGUUUUGGUUAUUGCUUGAAUCGAUAUACAGUUUUAAUUCAUGUAAAGAUCCACUACAAAAUAAACCAGAGGUUUAUGUUA